UAAGCAGCUGGAGAUAAAACCCAAACUACUCGACUCCACAGCAGACGACGCAGGAUAACCCCUUUUGGCAUUUUUUCACUCUCACUUUGAUCCUCGAUAGAGUUCUGAAAAGCCAAAACCCUUUAAUUCUAUGGUCUUCUGAGUGAAUGGCUUCAGCUCUUUUUGCAAGGACUCUUUUGGGUCAUCGCCUUUUUCACUCUUCUGCACACUCUCUCUCUCCAAAGCCCCAAAUCCUCACUUCCCUGCUCAAUAAAAGAUCAGAUCUCUUGCGAGCUGACUCUUCCUAUACAAAAUAUAGAGUAUCUGGUUUAAUACCUCGUGCUAUGGCUUCAUCAGUAGCUGGGGCAACAGCAGAUUUUUUAACCUCGGCAUCUACAAAUGAGCCUGUUGUUUCUGUUGAUUGGCUCCAUGCUAAUCUCAAGGAGCCUGACCUUAAGGUUGUGGAUGCGUCUUGGUACAUGCCUGAUGAGCAAAGGAAUCCGAUUCAAGAGUAUCAGGUUGCUCAUAUUCCUGGUGCCCUUUUCUUUGACGUAGAUGGAAUAUCGGAUCGCACAACAAAAUUACCACUUAUGUUACCAUCUGAGGAGACCUUUGCUGCUGCUGUUUCUGCUCUUGGCAUUGAGAACAAAGACGAUCUAGUUGUGUAUGAUGGGAAAGGGCUUUUUAGUGCAGCUUGUGUGUGGUGGAUGUUCUGAGUGUUUGGCCAUAAUAAGGUCUGGGUUUUAGAUGGAGGCUUGCCAAGAUGGCGUGCAUCUGGAUAUGACGUUGAAUCUAGUGCUUCUGGCAAUGCGAUUUUGAAAGCUAGUGCUGCCAGUGAGGCAAUGGAGAAAGUAUAUAAGGGACAGCCAGUUGGUCCAACCACAUUUCAGACUAAAUUUCAGCCACAUCUUGCCUGGAAUCUUGAGCAGACUUCAUGUGAACUUGGAGAGCUUAUGUCGAGCUGUAAAGCCUGUAGGAACUUGAAUCAUCUGGAUUUUGGAGCUCAUAGAAGAUGGAUGACCUCAAAGAGCGGCUGCUUGCACCAAAAGUUCCAAAACCUGCAUCUCCUAUAAUCCUUCGGGAAUCAUCUUAUCAAACAUCGACCUUUGGAAGGCUACCUUUUCAAGGUGUCGAUGUUCUGGGCUUGAAGAAGCGAGGCCAAGGUUUUUUUUGUGGAGUAGAGGCUGAGAAGAGGAGGAUGGCGAUGAUGGAGAAAGUAGGGGCUUAGAAGAGGAGGAUGGCGAUGGUGGAGCACAGGCCAAAUGACGUUGGAUUAGCCCUUAAAAUGACUUUUUUUUGUUCUGAUUUUUUUGUCUUGAAAUUACCAUUUUAGCCCUUAUAGUGGGCCCCCAACGUCAGAUAUAACGUCCAAUUUGGACGGAACUCAAGAAAUUGGACACGGGUGAUGAAAUUGAAAAGUAUGAGGGUGUUACUGUUUAAAUUGAAACUAUAGGGACUAACAUGAUGUCGACCCCAAACCUCAAGGUUAAACUGAAAUUAGUCCAAAAGAUUACUGUAACUCGCAAUAUUGUGCUUGCUCAUCUGGACUAUUGCUCAUUCACAAGAAAACAUGUGCUCUGUGUAGUUACUGCGAUGGUGAAUGUGUUCCUAUCAU